CGUCAGAAGAUGGCGGCGGUGCCGGAAAGUGGAGAUAACCGUGAAUGUGAUGGACGGGGUUUUGAUCGCGGCGUCCAUUUAGCUGAGACACUGGGCUUUUAUGAAGCGAAGGAAGAACUCAAGAAGGACGCGGGGCAAAAACAGAACCUAUCGGAUUUGUCCCUGCUGAGAUUUAUUAGUGCUGAGUUGACAAGGGGGUAUCUUUUGGAACACAAUGAAGCCAAAUACAAAGAGAGGAGGGAGAAAGUGUACACAUGUUUGCGAAUUCCUCGGGAACUGGAAAAGUUAAUGUUUUUUGGAUUCUUCCUGUGCCUGGAUGCCUUUUUGUAUCUCUUUACUCUACUACCAUUGAGAGUCCUUCUAGCCCUAAUGAGAUUUAUUACUCUCCCCUGUUGUGGCUUAAGUGAUGGAAGAUUGCUACAACCUGCUCAGGUAUGUGACAUACUCAAGGCACUUAUAAUGGUCAUCUGCUUUGUUAUGAUGCACUACGUGGAUUAUUCCAUGAUGUACCAUCUCAUUAGAGGACAAUCUGUCAUCAAACUCUACAUCAUCUACAAUAUGUUAGAGGUAGCAGAUCGCUUGUUUUCUUCCUUUGGACAAGAUAUUUUGGAUGCACUGUAUUGGACAGCCACAGAAACUAAAAAGAAGAAACGAGCUCAUAUUGGGGUGAUACCUCAUUUCUUAAUGGCUGUGCUUUAUGUCUUCCUUCAUACAAUUCUGGUCAUGGUACAAGCAACAACUUUGAAUGUUGCUUUCAACUCCCAUAACAAGUCAUUACUUACCAUCAUGAUGUCAAACAAUUUUGUAGAAAUAAAAGGAAGUGUUUUCAAGAAGUUUGAGAAGAACAAUCUGUUCCAGAUGUCCAACAGUGAUAUCAGAGAGAGGUUUAACAACUAUGUCCUUCUGCUGAUUGUUUGUUUGAGGAACAUGGAACAGUUUUCGUGGAACCCAGAUCAUCUCUGGGUGUUGUUUCCAGACGUUUGCAUGGUUAUAGCAUCUGAAAUAGCUGUGGAUGUAGUUAAACAUGCUUUUAUUACAAAGUUUAAUGACAUUACAGCUGAUGUAUACAGUGAAUAUAGAGCUAGCCUUGCAUAUGACUUGGUCAGUAGUCGCCAAAAAAAUGCAUAUACAGAUUACAGUGACACAGUUUCCAGAAGAAUGGGCUUUAUACCACUUCCACUAGCAGUUUUGCUAUCCCGAGUUAUUACAAGCUCUACAAAAAUUGAGGGAGCAUUGGCUAUUGUCAGCUUAUCGGUGUUUUACCUUGGAUUGAUUGCACUCAAAGUUCUUAACAGCAUUGUAUUGCUGGGAAAAUCUUGCCAAUAUGUAAAGGAGGCCAACAUGGAGGAAAAACUGUUUCAAACCCCACCAGCCAACACCUCUGGGAAAUCCGGCAAAAAAUCUGUCAGCAAAGUUAAAUCACCUGAAGGCACUACAACAGAAGAAGUGGAAUCAAAGUCCAUCAUUAGUCAGCCUGUGUCCCUAUCAGAAAGUAUAUCAACUCUAGUUUCAAGCAACAGUACUGACCAGUUUCUUACAACCCCCGAUGUGGAAGAUAAAAGAGUACCACAGGAAAAAUCUAAUGGCAAGCGUUCUUCUUCAAAAGAAGAUCUACUAGAAAUAGACAGGUUCACAAUUUGUGGAAAUCGGAUUGAUUGAUUUUUGUACAUUUUAAACUAGAGAAGAGCUGCUUUGGACAAAGGCCUUUGCAUGGUAAACUGAACAUUCUCCAGCUUGAAGGUAUAUAAAGGUUUGAAAGCUGCAAAGGAAGCACUGAUCAGGAAUAUUUAUUAAAAUCUUUAUAAUUUAUUAACAGAUUCAAGCCAAAAUAUAUUUUACUUGUGUUUUUUUUUCCAUCUAUUUGGAAAUGUUUGGUUUGGAAUAGGCUCUUUUGGUUUGUAUUUCAAUUUCCUGUGGCAAAGGAAGAACCAUUGUUUGGUUGGUUUCUGUGGAGACCUGGCAGAUAAAUGCUUUCAAAACAGCUUUCUCUACAGCUGUGUGGAUUCUUUGUGCAAUAUUUCUUGCCACUUGUGGUACAAAUGCACCUUCAGACAGUGAUGUGAUCAUUAUAGCCAGAUGAAUUUGUUGACUUUUUAUAAUGUUUCCAACAACAUUCACUCUUACAUCGGGCUUUAAUUGUACAGAAAUGUGCCUGCUGCAGUAAUUUUGUUUUUUAAUUCUAAUCCUGUAUAGCCAUUCUUAAGUAAAAAUUCAGUUCAUGCUAACCUGCAAAUAUACAUGUUGAAGUUUGCAACUGUUUCUGAAGGGACUUCAGUUAGAAGAUGAAAAUAAGGAACAUAUUGAUACAAGUGGGUCCUCUUAAAAAGGAAUAACCGCAUAUAUUGCAUUUGUGUUCUCGGAACAGCUGCUCAAACACGAGAGGUUUCUUACCUUCUGAAACAGAAAAAAAAUUCUCGUAAUCCCCUCGAGAAUCCAAGCAGAACAUUAAUUUGUCAUAUCUUUCAAAUGCUGCUGAAGCCUCUGUGCUUCCAGCAGCUCUUACCUUUAUUUCAGGCUUUCAUCAUUCGUAUUGUUUUUUGUAUCCAAAAGGUUGUGUUUAGUAGAAACAUUGGAGAUCAAAGUUGUUUAGAUGCACUUAUUGAGCAAGCUACAUUUUGGGAAGCAGUAAAACAUGAUAUAAAUUCAAAUAAGUUUACAAAGAAAGUUAGAAAAUAGUAAGAGGCAGAAGAGGAUCAAUGUCCCACAGCUGCGUGUUUGCACAUUGGAAAAUAGCCAAGUCUGCCAUGUAUGCAAAACUGUUUCUUUUUAAGUUAAUUAAAUUGAUCUAUUAUAGUUGAUGUCUGUGCAAUGCUUAUUUAUAGCUUCUUUUGCACUAAAGACUAUAAAGUCUGAAUUCAAGGUUUCAUGAAAAGAACACAAUUACAUAAAUGUCUUCAUUCUAAUUGCUCAAGAAGCUAGUUUUCUAAGAAAUAUUUCAUGCAAACUGAAAUAUUAAACUGAAAUAGCACCGAGUGAAUCAGAAUAAAUGAGUUGAUUGUUUAGUUAAUUUAGGGGUGUUAUCAAGACGCAAAUAUUCACCUUUCAAAUAUACAAUAAAUUUGACCCUUUACUCACUUCCAAGGUGCAAAGUGAUUUAUGACCGAAAUUUAUAAUAACACCAGCUAUUAAAUAUUCUGUAUCUUUUUUAUAAUUAGUACCUCUUGUAAAUGAACAAUGCUGAAUAAAUGGAUUUUGUAACACAAAUUAUUUGUUUAUUAAUACAUGUAACAUAUAUCAAGGCCAAUCAUAAUCAACAACAAAUAGGUUUCGCAAGACUACGUGGAUACACUCCUGGAUUCAACAUUUCUGUUAAAGAUAACUGAAGAUUGAGUCGUAGGAGUCUUUUGCAUAUAGUCCUAACCAAACAAAAACAAGUUGCUCAAAUAUUUUUACAACUGGAGUUUUCCUGUCUCUUAACUGACUUUAUUUUGCAGACUUAUCACACUAAAUAAUACUGUUCUUAUGUGUACUGAUUGUUAUAUGGGCAAGUUUAAGUCAGAAAAUAAUGAUUAAUGUUUUAGAUAGAGAUCCUUUUAAUAUAUUUUGUUUGAGACCCCACCUAAAAAUUUAUCUCUUUUGAUUUUGGUUUGAUUUUGAUGGAGCUAUUGUGAACUCCAGUAUUGUUUUCAGAAUUUCCAAUAUUCAUCAUGCCUAGCUCCUGACCUGUUAGUCCUUGAGAACCAUUUCUGCAGCUGUUUGUGCUUCCAUCGAUUGUGAGGUUCAAACUUGUAUAUUAAGUAAGAUUAUUUAUUUUUAUCUUUAUAUUGUUGUGAAUAUUUUGUUAAUAGUUUGGGUUUUUAAAAUAUAAUGUUUUGUUUUAGAACUUAAUGUUUAACUAUGGAAAAUGGGAUAAAUGGAGUCAAAGGAAGUCUAUUAUACCUAAGGUUAGAGUUAUAUUGCUUUCAGAGAUUAACAGCUAGUAGGGCAAGUUCAGAAACAGCACGUGGGUUUGCUGAGCUGAAGACAUGCUGAGCUUGACAAGAUCCCGUGGUCCUCCUGAGUGGUGGCUUUGUGCUGUGGAAAAUAUGGUUAGGGCUAUAAAGAAGGCCUGGGAGUAAUUGACAAUUAGGUAAAGCAGCAAAUGGGUUGGUGAAAGCCCAUGAGCAAUAUUUACUUGAUGCAGUUCAGAAGGAUUGAUCCUAAGAGAAUUUCAAAAACAGGUGGGUGAAAUUAUCUGGUGAAAGCUAAAUUUUGUUGGUAUUUAGACAUUUGGGAGCAGUCUUUGGCAUCCUUGGGAAAUAGAUCUCUGCGAACGAGAUUGAACUACUGAGUUGAGCAUUUAUUGAGGUAGUACAAGUCAGGGAGGUUUUGAGGGUGUUCUACGAUUAGACUUUCAAAGUAAGGAAUUAGAAUCCCUUUUGAAGAUGACAAGAAUUUUGAGAUCGGUGAUCCACAGUGUUGUUAAUGCCUGGGUGAUAUCUGUUUUGACUGCAUUAACCAGUUAAAUUGUAGUGUCUGGGGUGUUAAGCUACAGUUUGUUGUCAUUUACCUCAUGUUAAUCCUGAAUGUUAUUGUUCUUUAUAUAGUGUAUAUGGUUUAGGAUCAUUAUCUCACCAGUUCAGUUUACCUAUUUCAACAUUGCUACUUAUGUUGGUUUUGUUCAUGUUUGUAUAAUAAAGUUUUUUUUGUAUUUCAA